AUGCACCCACGCCUCAAUUCCCCCGCCCUCUCUAUCCUCCAUAAGUAUCGUCAGAUUCUCCGUACGCACAUUCCCCACCCGCACCCAAACAGGCUUCCCCCACCCGAAAUCCGCUUCGUAAAACCCAAACUUGCUCCAAUCCGUAAACCAAAUCGCCACAAAAUUCUCCCCACGCGCCCCCAUCUCAAACAAUUUCUCCAACGGCCUUCUCACCAUCUCCACGCGUCUCUCCCCAUCCAACAACAUAACCCUUCCACACUCCCCAACCGCCUUCUCUAUCGAUCCCCCGACCACGCGGACCAACUCGUCAAGCCCCGGCUCCCAAGCGCCGCCUGCCUCCAUGCACCGCACCACCGCCUGGUACACGAAAUUCCCGCACGCGUGGCUCCCGAGAGGCGGGACUGUCCUCGACCGCAUGUUCACCCCUUGCCCCAAGUAGCAAGCCCUCCCCGAGGACGCGUCGGAAACUCGGUGCGAGAGGCUGAUGCCGACAGCUCUUCCGCCGCAUUCGGGGAAAUUCGUGAUUUGAACGGAGAGUAUCGGGUCGUCGGGAUUGUCGGCUUCGUAGGUCGUUCGGGAGAGGAGGCAGUCGAGGCCGUCUUUCUCGGUUUUCGAGAGAAAGGUCGCGAGGUCGAGGCCGGGGAGCUCGGCCUCGACGAACUCGGCGCCCUCGUCGUUGCAAUCGAUCGAGAGGUUGUUUUGGAGGUAGCGUCCGGCGAAAGGGUAGAAUCGGGUGAGGAUAUGAGGGAGGGUUUGUUGCGGUUCGGGUUUCGUGUCGGGUUUGGGGUUUGGCGGGUAGAAGAGAAUGACGCUCAUGUUCAUGGGUGGUAUGAGCUCAUCUAA